AUGAUCGAUCUCCAAGCCAAAUUCCAUAAAUACCAAGCCUCAAAAUUCGACAAGAUCUUCGGCGCCAACCCUAAAGUUUCGAUUUUGGCGGAUGCAGGUGAUUUACCUCUUUACCAUGAAGCAUGCAUUUACCAUGCACCCUCACGAAGCGUCUUCGUGACUUCAAAUCAGUUGGCCGCUUCUUCCGACCAAGCAAACCCAGCAACUUCCAACAAGAUUGUCAAGCUCACUAGGGUCUACGAUCCUGAGCUGAAUCUUGCCGCCGGACCACAUAUGACCGAAGUUGAGAAUAUCACAUUCCCGGCCAUAGCUGGUGCAAUGCUAAACGGCGGUGUGAAUUUGGAUUCGGAAAGCAUCCUUCUUUGUGCGCAGGGUUCAAGAGACCCGAAAGACCCAUCUGGGAUCAUCAGACUUAUGGUUCCGUCCGUUACCAGUGGCGAUACAGUCUUUGAAAGUGUGAUCGAAUCAUUCUAUGGAAUCCCCUUCAAUUCUGUGAACGACGUGAUCGUCCAUCCCCGUGAUAUGUCCAUUUGGUUUACAGACCCCCCCUAUGGCUUUCAUCAGGACAUUCGACCUCCGCCACAGUUGCCAAACCACGUGUACCGCUACGAUCCUAAGAACGGAUCUGUCCGCGCUGUUGCAGAUCGGUUUACUCGACCAAAUGGCCUUUGCUUUUCACCAGAACUCGACACCCUCUACGUGACAGAUACAGGUGCAGUCCACGGCUCACCGUCAGUGCCUCUGGACCAGACACGUCCGUCACACAUCUACGCAUUCGAUAUUGUCCUUAAAAAUGGCUGCUCGGAACCAUUCUUGGCAAAUCGCCGUGUUUUCGCUUAUGCCCCGGGAAAAGUACCGGAUGGAAUCAAAUGCGAUACCCGCGGCAACGUUUAUGCUGGUUGUACUGACGGUAUCGAGGUCUGGGACCGUAGUGGUGUUUUGAUUGGCAUUGUUAAUAUACCCGGUGGGAUUUCUAACUUUUGUUUUGGGGAGAGGGGCAUUAUAUACGCCUGCAAUGAGAACAAACUCCUCAAGAUACAUUUUGAUGGAGAGGUUAAGGGGGCGCUUCUCGGAAUGUGA